GCCGGGGGUCCUCGGAGCGCUCGGGCUGCGCGCGGAGCGGGCUCGGGAGGGAAGUCCCGAGACAAAGGGAGCGCCGCCGCCGCCGCCGCCGCCGCCUCGUCCGCCUCGCUCGCCGGGCCGCGGCCGCCCGAGGGACUUUGAACAUGUCGGGGAUCGCUCUCAGCAGACUCGCCCAGGAGAGGAAAGCCUGGAGAAAGGACCACCCGUUUGGCUUUGUGGCUGUCCCGACAAAGAAUCCCGACGGCACGAUGAACCUCAUGAACUGGGAGUGUGCCAUUCCAGGGAAGAAAGGGACUCCCUGGGAAGGAGGCUUGUUUAAACUACGGAUGCUUUUCAAAGACGAUUAUCCAUCCUCACCCCCAAAAUGUAAAUUUGAGCCACCGCUGUUUCACCCGAACGUGUACCCUUCGGGCACAGUGUGCCUGUCCAUCCUCGAGGAGGACAAGGACUGGAGGCCAGCCAUCACGAUUAAGCAGAUCUUGUUAGGAAUACAGGAACUUCUAAAUGAACCAAAUAUCCAGGACCCAGCUCAAGCAGAGGCCUACACGAUUUACUGCCAAAACAGAGUGGAGUAUGAGAAGAGGGUUCGAGCACAAGCCAAGAAGUUCGCACCUUCAUAAGUGGCAACCGCGCGGCAGCGUAAGAAGGAAGGGAUUGGUUUGGCAAGAACUUGUUUACAACAUUUUUGCAAAUCUAACGUUGCUCUGUCCAAUUACUAGUCACCUGGGAGGGUGGGCGGGCGCCAUGUUCCAUUUCCGCCACUGGCACGCAGUCCGCGACUUGCUGAGCUGCCCGGUUUUUCAUACAGGGUCUCUUCCUUCAGUCUUUUGUAUUUUUGAUUGUUAUGUAAAACUUGCUUUUAUUUUAAUAUUGAUGUCAGUAUUUCAACUGCUGUAAAAUUAUAAACUUUUAUACUUCGAUGAGCCCCGAGGAGCUAGUUUCCUUUGCUCGCGGAUGCAGGCAUGCUUCCCACCCACGUGCAGAGCUGCGCAGCCCCCGCCGGCCCCUCCCGCCUCGCUCCCGCAGACCCCGGGUUGUGUUGCUUAUGAGCCUCAGAUCCAAAGGCAGCCGGCGUCUCGUUUCCGCAUCACUUCCUUUGUGUUUAUAUGGCGUUUUGUCUGUGUUGCUGUUUAGAGUAAAUAAACUGUUUAUAUAAAGGUU